AUGGCUCAAGCUCAAAAGUGGUAUCCAGCUGAAGAAGUCCCAGCUCCAAAGCAAACCAGAAAGGCCGCUAGACCACAAAAGUUGCGUGCCUCCUUGGUCCCAGGUACCGUCUUGAUUUUGUUGGCUGGUCGUUUCAGAGGUAAGAGAGUUGUCUACUUGAAGCACUUGGAAGACAACACCUUGUUGGUUUCCGGUCCAUUCAAGGUUAACGGUGUUCCAUUGAGAAGAGUCAACGCUCGUUACGUCAUUGCUACCUCUACCAGAGUCUCCUUGGAAGGUGUUAACACUGAAAAGUUCAACGUCGCUUACUUCUCCAGAGAAAAGUUGUCAAGAAAGCAAAGAGCUGAAGCCAACUUCUUCAACGAAGACCAACCAAAGAAGGAAAUCAAGGCUGAAAGAAUCGAAGACCAAAAGAACAUCGAUAAGGCUUUGUUGGCUGAAAUCAAGAAGACCCCAUUGUUGAAGCAAUACUUGGCUGCUACUUUCUCUUUGAAGAACGGUGACAGACCUCACUUGUUGAAAUUCUAA